AUGAGCAUGGCUGUUUGCAAGCCCAUGAGCGAAGACAUUGAGAUUAGCCUUGCGCCAAUGAUGGAUGUAACGACACCGCAGUUCAGAAGGCUAGUCAGGAUGACGUCCAAAAGCACUGUUCUGUUUACUGAGAUGAUUGUGUGCAGCACGGUUGUCCAUGUAGCACGUGAAAAGCUGCUGGAGAUGGUUGGGGAGUACGAUGCGAGGACUGUUGUGCAGAUUGGUGGGAGCAAUGCGUCUGAGAUCGUUGAGGCAGUCAAGAUUCUUCAACGGCUUGGAUAUAAGGAAUUCAAUCUGAACUGUGGAUGCCCAAGCCCAAGGGUCAAGAAAGGAUGUUUUGGGGCGAUUCUUAUGCUCAGGAAGCAGUUGGUGGCAGAGAUUAUAAACAGGGUUCAUUGCGAUACAGGAGUGAUUUUAAGCCUAAAGAUUCGAACAGGAGUUGAUGAGCAUGACGGAAUUGGGUUUCUCGAUGAUUUUGUCACGUAUGUGAAGAUGAGCACUGCAUGUAGAAGUUUUUAUGUGCAUGCCAGGAAGUGUUGGCUUUCUGGGCUUUCUCCAAAGCAAAACAGACAUGUGCCGGCUCUUGACUACGGAAGUGUGUAUGCAAUCAAGCAGCUGCAUCCAGAUCUGAAGAUAGUGCUGAAUGGGUGUAUUGAUGCAGAUGGAUUAGACAAACUGUGCAACCUUGAUGGAUUGAUGAUUGGCAGGGAGAGCAUGAAGAACAUUUUUGUAUUUUGGGAGAUUGACAGGAAGAUAGGGAGGGAUGGAUUUAUAGGCGGAGAAAGCAGUACUGAUGGGAUUAUAGUAGACGCUGGAUCUGGUGAUAAUUGUAAAGAGCAAGAGCUGAUAGAUAGCAAUGCAAAGAAGAAUAUGAUGCAUGAUGUGAUAGGGCGAUACUUUGACUGGUAUGGAAAGGAAAAGGAAAUGAGGAUCUGGGAUGUGCAGCCAAUGAUGAAUCUGAUGGCAGGAAAGAAAGGAUGCAAGGCCUACAGACAGAUGCUUGGAGAGAUUGUAAGGUGGAGGGAAUGUGCAGAGGAGGCAUGCAGAAGAAUUAUGAAUUUUUUGGAUAUGAACCAUGAUUGCGGGAGAGUGAACGAGCCCUUGUAUAUUGAUGGUGCCUGUGACUAA